AUGAGCCAGCCAACACCUAUCACUGGGCACAAUGAUCGCAACAGGAUCAUGGUCAUAGGUGACUCCAUCUCCCAUGGUCGAGAAGGAGACUACACCUGGAGAUACCGCCUAUGGCAGUGGUUCGGCGAGCAGAACAUCAACGUAGGGUUUUUCGGGCCGUUUGAGGGGACAGAACCACCACUCAAACCUGAACCUCCACGCCCACCAAGGUUUCCUGGAGAGGAGGAAGAGAUUAGAUGGCCGAGAGUUGAUGGCGGACAGGCGAAGCAAGUGAGGGCGUCUGUGAGAGAUGAGGUGAAGAGAUGGAGGCCGAAUUUGUGUGUCAUUGAGUUGGGUUUUAAUGAUCUUGCCUUGGGAGGGGAUAAGCCGGAGAAGGUUGUGGGUAAUAUCAAGGGAAUUGUAGAGGAGGUUCAGCAAGCGGUGAGGGAGAACUUUGAGAAGGAGGUGCGGAUUCUGGUUGCGGAUGUGCCGAGGAGGAAACCAUACCCUGGAAUGGGGAACUUGGCUGAACGAAUCGAAAAUGUGGAUUGGAUUUUGAGAAAGCAGAUCGAAGGGGGUUCGUGGGGGGGAGAAGUACGGUUGGUAAGGUUGAGUGAGCAGUACGACUGUUGCAACGCGGCGUAUGAUGGACUGCAUCCAAAUGCCUUAGGGGAGUUCCAAAUUGCGAGGGCCGUCUCACGGGUGCUGGUCGAAGAGUUUGCUAUCGGUCAAAGUCCAUUAACGAUUCCAGUGGAAUUACCCUCUCGUCCGGUGCCAACCCCGACCAAUGUUACGGCUGUGCCCGAACCUAGCGGCAUCGCGGUGACUUGGGAUGCAGUCUAUGGGGCAUUUGGCUAUGAUCUGCGCAUGCGGGCUGUUGGAACAGAAGAAUGGGAGUACCAUCAUACUCGGAGUAACCGACUUGAUGCCACGUUGUGUACUCGGGGGCAGGCUUGGGAGUUCCAAGUACGCACUAGCGGCGGGGAUUCGGUCAAAGGACCGUGGAGUGACAGUGUAUCAGCUGUGCCAGACACUGAGACAGUACCGCCGCCGAGAAAUAUUGUUACUCAUGCAACAGAGACUGGACUCAUUGCCACGUGGGAUCCUCCAGACCUUGGAGAGAGUGCUGGACAUUUGGAUCGCUAUGCGGUCAUAGUCGGCCAUGAAUAUUGCCGAAACGUGGUAUUUGUCUAUGGCGUUAGAGGAGAAAAGGUGGAAGUCAAUUCCCUUUUUCCUGGUCAUCGGUUUUAUGUCAAGGUUAAGACAUGGACUAGCGUAGGUGGAGGAUGCCCUGCGGAGGGCUACCCCGUUACAGUAGGCAGGGGAAUUCCUCCAACACCUGGCGACAUAUCGCUAGAGGCUAUGGGAAACACAGCCAUUGAGAUAAGUUGGACUGGACACCCGGACGCUGCAUGGUAUAGUAUCUGGGUUAGAGAGCAGAGAAGUGGUUGGGAAACCAGGCUGCAACACAACCCCGGGCCUGGUGCUAGACCUCAGUGGCCUUAUCCGGCACAGUCCGCUGACAGGGAGAAGUUCGUUUUCUAUACCGGAGACAAGAUGCCAUGGAAUCUGGAGUUCUCUGUCGCCGCAUACAACGGCCGUGACGGGUCUGCGUGGUCAGAAUGGGUUUCACUUUCUGACCACCCUCCUGAUGUGUCGAUUGAGAAUACGGACUCCAUUGUCAUCAGACUUUUGUACAAAGCUCUGGAUGAUCAUACCAACUAA